AUGACAGAAGUGGUUAAUUUAUUCUCUUCAUUAUGCAUUUCCGACAUUACUCUGUCGUUGUUGGUGUUAAAAGUCAUUUUCAGUGAAGAGCGUGUAGAUUUUAAGUUGCCAAAGAAUCUUGAUGAUGCAAAACGUCUAGGAUUAUUAUUGUCAAAGUACAAGGAUGAGCACUAUAAAACAGUAUAUUUUGGUAUUGCCACUGUAUACAUUUUGUUACAGUCAUUUGCAAUACCGGGAUCAAUUUUUCUAAGCGUGCUCUCUGGUUAUCUUUUUCCAUUUCCAUUGGCUUUGUUAUUAGUUUGUACGUGUUCGGCAUGUGGGGCUUUAAUGUGUUACUUUUUGUCAUAUUUUCUUGGCCGGCGCUUAGUAUUGACUUAUUUUCGAGAACGAGUUGAAAAAUGGCAGGCCGAGGUAGCUUCGAUUGAUCGUUAUCUGUUGUUUUACAUGAUAUUUUUGCGCGUCACGCCAAUUUUGCCUAAUUGGUUCAUAAACCUCGCUUCACCUAUUAUUGAUGUACCAGUUCCUAUAUUUUUUUUCGGGACUUUUAUUGGUAAUUUCUUCCAUAAUUGAGU